CUUGGAUUAUCUAUACAAAGUAUUAAGGAAAUGAAGGGAUAUUUUGGAAAAGGUAAUUGACCAUGUCAAGACAAUGGAGGCAUGCUGUGUGCAAGUGAUAGUCAGUUCGAUUUGGUUUGUUACUUCAAUUGUCCUUUGGUUACCUGUUGAGCCUACCAUCCUUCAUUCCCGUUAUGGAAGUUAGUGCGGGAGAUAGAAUUUGGGGCAAAAUCGUUGUCAUGAGGGUAAGUAGUGCUUUUCCAGUUGGAAGUUAAUGAAUGGAAUUUCAGCCUAUCGGUUGUGAUGAUGGUAGACAUUCUGAUCAUACAAUUUGUGUGCUUGUGGACAGACAUAAAUUACACAGAUAUGAAAGGACUGUUGCACAUGUGUGCAGUUGCACUGUACUGUUAUUUUUGUAUUUACUUGGAUGGAAGAAUUGUUGAAUUAGGUCACGAUCAGCACAAUUUGUAGUUUAGCCCAGUGUCUCUAGAUUUCAUCUGCUUUAUAUUCUUCAUUGUAAGAUUCAGCGCUGUUUACCUGAUCCUUGGAAGGUUAAAGAAGGUACUAUCUUAUCAAUGUUGGGUGUUAGGUUUUGCAACAUCCAAGCCUGUUAUGCUUAGAUUGUGGGAGGGAGAAGAUGGAGUGACAGGAAUGAACUAGUCUAUAUUGUCCAAUUUUCACGGGUUAUGCCUGUACCUAAGGUUUAUCAAUAUGUUGUACUGUCAUCUCAGGUUGGGCCUUGUUGCAACAAUUAAGGAUCGGGCUAAUGAGAUAUACAAGAAGGUAGAAGAUCAAAAGUCUAGUAGAGGGAGAAAUCAGGAUGCUAUACUGGCUGCCUGCCUGUAUAUUGCUUGUAGACAAGAGGAUAAGCCACGCACUGUAAAGGAAAUUUGCUCUGUUGCCAAUGGUGCAACAAAGAAGGAAAUUGGCCGAGCAAAAGAAUACAUUGUGAAACAGCUGGAGCUUGAGAUGGGUCAGUCUGUGGAAAUGGGAGCAAUACAUGCUGGGGAUUUCAUGAGACGGUUUGGUUCUUAUCUUGGGAUGACAAAUCAAGCAGUUAAGGCUGCCCAGGAAGCUGUAAAGAAAUCAGAAGAAUUUGACAUAAGGAGGAGUCCCAUAUCUAUUGCUGCUGCAGUUAUAUACAUAGUCACGCAGCUUUCAGACAAUAAGAAGCCCCUUAAAGAUGUUUCAGUUGCUACUGGAGUUGCAGAAGGCACAAUCAGAAAUUCUUUCAAAGAUCUCCAUCCCCAUCUUCCAAAGAUAAUACCUAGUUGGUAUGCCCUGGAAGAGGAUCUUAAGAACCUCUGCAGCCCCUGAUUCGUCGACUAAGCAAUAGAAGAUGGACAUUUUCAAAAUUAGUUCUUAUACUUGUUUAUUUUACAUUUCUCAAUGUUAGUUGUAAUACUUGUUUAGGAUACAUAACUCUGAAAUGUUAACCUUUUGCAUUGACAGAAUAAUCUUAAAUUAUGCUUUGAUCGAAGGAAAGUUUCAAGAAAAUUGUA